UUGGCUCUCGGCCGCCAUGGCGGACUGCGGCCUCGGCUCCUCCGAGCACUUGGAGCGGCUGCACGAAAUCUUCCGCGGCUUGCAUAAAGAGCUGCAGGGCGCCCCGGAAAGGCUACGCGGGAGCUUGGCCGAUGAGGAAAAGAAGAAGCUGCUUAAAGAAUUCGAAGAAAAACAAAAAGAAGCAAAUGAAACGCUGCGGGAAAUGGAAGAAGAACUGAAAUAUGCUCCGGUGUCCUUCCACAAUCAAAUGAUGGUAAAAAUUCGUACUUAUAGAAGAGACCUUGCCAUGUUCCAGAGGAAAAUGAGAAGUACAGAUUUGGGAAUGAUCCCUGUAGGACUUGGAGAUAAAAAAUACGGCAUCUUCUCUGAUGAAAAUCAACGAAGUACUCAAGUGCAGUCUCAGAGGGUGUUGCUGCUUCAAGGAACAGAAAGUUUGAAUCGAGCUAGUCAGAGUAUAGAGCGCUCACAUCAGAUUGCUGCAGAGACGGAUCAAAUUGGUACAGAUAUCAUUGAAGAACUUGGGGAACAGCGGGAACAACUGGAGCGCACCAAAGGCCGUCUGGUAAGCACAAACGAGAACUUAAGCAAAAGCCGGAAGAUACUACGUUCCAUGUCAAGAAGACUUAUGACAAACAAAUUGCUGCUCUCAAUUAUCAUCAUUCUGGAAGUCGCCAUCCUGAUGGGCCUCGUCUACUACAAGUUCUUCAGAUGAGCUUUCAAGACAGCUUUCUGCCUUGAUGACUCCCAUCAUCUCACGGAUUAUAUACAGACAUUGCCAAGUAGCAGCUCCUUGACAGAGGCUGGAAACGGUAGUUGAUGCAAUGAAAGGCCCUAAAGGUGUGCCAUCAGUCUAGGCAACAUGUUCACCUGACAAGAAUGCAUUACUACCAGAAGGAAGCAUGACUGGGAAGAAAGACAGGGCGCAGUAAAGUGUUGGUAAGACUGUAUAAUUGCAGUAAUAAAUAUAUUUCUAAACUGACAA